AUGUUCACAGAGGCCCCUCUUUUACGGACAGCUUGCGAUCGCUGUCAUAAGCGCAAGCAGCGUUGUAUGCGAUUUUCACCGGAAAAUGAUGAUGACCCAUGUCGAAGAUGCAAAGAAGCUGGCGAGGAGUGUGUUUUUAGCCCACCUUGCCGCCUUGGAAGGCCUACCAAUAAAUCGAAGCAACGGCGACAGGAACAGGGCGAUAACUUUUCUGAUCAAGAAAUCAAGGUUGCCAGAAACAGUCAUACUACACAUGCACCGUCGAAGUUACAUCUACUGAGAAGUCAAUCUUUGGGAUACAGUAAGAAAAAGAGUCGCCCUCAAACUUCGCAUGCUGGAUCACAACAUCACAAUCGACAGCCUGACAGACGUGGGCGACCUCAACAUAUCCAACCUUCACCAUCUACGUCUCCAGUGGACUCGCCAUUCUCAAUAGUUUCCGCCCCUGAUAUCUUGGACGAGACUAUCUCAUCUACAGCUUCAGUUACAUCUUCGGCACCCCCAUUGAAUGUUUUCACAGAUUAUAUGAGAAAUUCAAUAAUGUCUCUUCAACAAGUGCAAUCUGCAUCAAUGUCACAUCGAACGCAACAGUCACAUUAUACCUAUACUACCAGUGAGCCACAAGAACUCUACGACCCAACGCCGGACAGUCAUUCCAUAUCCAUACCGACAGCCAAACCAAGCCCGAAUCACGACAUGUGGAACAUUCCGCAAAGACUUACACACAGAGUAUAUGAUGGGUACCCUGUUGGAAAUAUAGUUCAGCAUAACAACGAUGCUCUAUCUCAUAUACUACCUGCGCAAUCUGUCAUCCUACAACAGCCUCAAGAAACAAUCAUUUCAAGCGAGCACCUACACAUGAUGGACCCAGCAACACUCGCAAGCAACGGUGCUUCUAUGUCCAUGUCACAGGACCGGCAAUUUGGACGAGGGAAUCUGUCUUAUCCUUUGACGCCACCACCAUUUUCACCGGCUGGCCACGUCGAGUGUAUCGAGGAUUAUACAACCGGUCCUAUGCACCCAGGUUUCUUGUAUGAGCAGGUCGACGCGUUUCAUGCUGGGAAUCUAUGGCUCAAUGACGCCGCCGAACAUUAUCAAGCUGUCUACGGCAAGCUACCGGAGGAUCCAAUGCUUACAUUUGCCACGUUGGCAUAG